AUGAACCUGCAGCCGGAGCAGCUGUGCAAAGUGCUGGAGGGCUCUUACAGCCCGGACGCCGAGACUCGGGGGCAGGCGGAGGCGGUGUUGAAGUCUCUGUCGCCCACAAAAGGCCUUUUGAGCGCUUUGAUGCAUAUCAUCAGCCACGACCAGAUCGACCUGCCCAUCCGCACUGCGGCCUCAGUGACUCUGAAGAACGAAGUGCGGCAGCACUGGCGCGACCCCGCAGCAGACCUGGGGGAGGCCCCUGCUGCUGCUGCUGCUGCUGCUGCUGCUGCUGCUGCUGCUGGGGUUUACGAGGAGGAGGAGAAGCAGCUGCUGCGGCAGCAUCUUUACAAACUAGUCAAAGACACAAGUGCUGCAGCAGCACCUGUGCGGCUGCAGCUAAUUGAGUGCAUUCGAAUUGUGGCUUCUUAUGAUUACCCCGAAAGGUGGCCGUCUCUGCUGGAGGAAGUGUGCGAGGACUUGGCGGCUUCUGCUUCAGCAGCAAAAGUGUUAAAUGCUUUAAUGGUUUUGCGAAAAGUUGUUGGAAAUUAUGAAUUUAAAGGAAAAGAAAGUAGACAAGCUUUGGACAAAAUAAUAGACAAGAGCUGGCCCUUGCUGCUGCCUGCGGGGGCGCAGCUGCUGCAGCUGCAGCAGCAGCAGCAGCAGCUGCUGCUGCAGCAGCAGCAGCAGCUCGCCCCCCACCAGCUGCAGCAGCUGCUGCUGCAGCAGCAGCAGCAGCAGCACGCAGACCCCAUGACUCUCCUCAAACUCUUGUUCAAAAUUUAUUGGUCUUCAACUCAACUUUGUCUUUCCAGUUCUCCUUUGCUGCUCUCCACCAUGGACAGCUGGUUCGAGCUCCUCUCCGCCUGCAUUUUGCUGCCAGUGCCGAGUUUGCUGCUGGAGGACUUGUGCGCGGAGGAGCGGAGUUUGCUGCCGGUGUACAAGGCGAAGAAGUGGGCGCUGCAAAUAGUGCAGCGAGUGUUUGGGAGGUUUGGGGACAUAAAGCUGCUGAAGCGGGAAAAGGAAAAAGAAAUGAACAAAAGAAACAAAAUAAAUGAAACAAAUGCAAUUAGUUCUUUUGCUGCUGUCGACAACCCUGCUGCUGCAGCACGAGACCCCGACGCCGUCGCCAGGGCCUUCGGCGAGCGCUUCAGCGAGCUGUGGGCCCCGCGGCUGACGCAGGAGCUGCUGCUGCUGCUGCAGCAGCACUUCGCCCCGCAGCAGCAGCAGCAGCAGCAGCAGCAGUGGCUGUCGCCGCGGAUGCUGAACCUCACGCUGCAGUUCCUGGCGCGGGCCGUGGAGGCCGGGCGUCUGUACACCCCAAUCCUGAAGCAGCAGGGAAACUUUCUUUUGCAAAAAGUUUGUUUUCCAUUAAUGCACUUUUCCAAAGAUGAUGCAGCAACUUGGGAAACAGAGCCUCUCGAGUUCAUCCGCAGACAAAACGACCCCCUCGAGGCCUUCUCCCAGCCCAGAGAAGCAGCAAUAGAGUUUGUGAAGAGCCUGGUGCGUUACCGCGCGAAGGACUUUCUGGAGCCGAUGUACCUGACGAUAGAGCGCGUGUGUGGGGAGUUUGCUGCAGCAGCAGCAGCAGCAGCAGCAGCGGGAGGCGCAGCAGCAGUUCCCGAGGAGCUGUACCAGGCCAAGGACGGGGCCCUCGUGCUGGCAGCAGCUCUCAGCGAAAGACUUACUUCCAAAAAAAGAAAAGUUCCUUUUCAAGAAAUGCUUUUCAACUUUGUGCUGCCGGAGUUGUCUUCAGCAAACAAGUUUUUGCGGCUGCGGGCCUGCUGGCAGCAGCAGCAGCA